AUGGCGCUGGUCCUACUCCGAAGAAUCACCUUUUCGACUAAAACUCAAUUUCUGAAAACCCUGGCAGCUUCACAGACGUACUGUCACUGUUCUGCAGUGACCACAGGUAAAAAGCCAGUGAAUGGAGUGGAUUUGUACUAUGAGCAGACCGGCACAGGGGAUCACGCUCUGCUGCUGCUUCCAGGAGCACUAGGCAACACCCGGACAGACUUUGAGCCGCAGUUAAAACAUCUAGACAAGGAGCGCUUUACUGUGGUGGGCUGGGAUCCCAGAGGAUAUGGACGGUCUAGACCUCCUGACAGAGACUUCCCACAAGACUUCUUUGAAAGAGAUGCAAGAGAUGGAGUGGAUCUGAUGAAGGCUUUAGGCUUCAGGCACUUUUCCCUGCUGGGUUGGAGCGAUGGAGGUAUUACUGCUCUGAUUGCUGCGGCCAAAAACCCUCAUGUGAUCCGCAAAUUAGUGGUUUGGGGAGCCAAUUGUUUUGUGUCAGAGAAGGACAUGGAACUUUACAAUGCCGUCAGAGAUGUCUCCCAAUGGAGCGCAAGGAUGAGGAAGCCCAUGGAGGAAGUCUAUGGGGCUGAACAUUUUGCCAAAAUUUGGGAAGACUGGGUGAAAGGAAUUUCAGAGUUUGGGAAAAGACCAAAAGGGAAUAUUUGUAUGGAUCUUCUACCUUUAAUUACCUGCCCCUCACUUAUUAUUCAUGGAGAAAAGGACCCAAUGGUACCUGCGAUCCAUCCUCAGUACCUUCAUGAACACAUCAGAAAUUCUAGGCUGCAUCUGAUGCCAGAGGGAAAGCACAAUUUGCACCUGAGAUAUGCUGCUGAAUUUAACAAAAUGGUGGAAGAUUUUCUUGAAGAUUGA